CUCUUGGUCUGCUGCUGGUCUCUCUCGAGACAGCCAGCCGUUCCCCUACGAAAGAGCACAGAGCUCAUACCGAUCUUUGGGUAGGACUGAGACCACUCACACACAACACACCGCGACAACGAGGUCACAACGCCAUUACCCUCCUAGAGUGAGAUUGGAGUUCACAAGUGACGGAUUUCUAGACGCUAGGUACGAUUGGAACCUAGCUCAUAGCUACACACACACACACACAGUCUGGCGUCGAGGCUCGUCCCCUUAAUUUAGUCCGUCCGCUUUAUUCACAUACACACAGGGGUGGAUGAAUUUCGGAUCGGUACCGUUUUUAUUGUCAAUUGCUUGUCAUACUAGGGGUGCAGGUUGUCUCAUUUAUCACAUUUACCGACACACAAGGCCCGGGUGCAGGUUGUCUCAUUUGUCACAUUUACCGACACACAAUUCCCGAGUGCAGGUUGUCUCAUUUGUCACAUUUACCGACACACAAGGCCCGGGUGCAGGUUGUCUCAUUUAUCACAUUUACCGACACACAAGGCCCGGGUGCAGGUUGUCUCAUUUAUCACAUUUACCGACACACAAGGCCCGGGUGCAGGUUGUCUCAUUUGUCACAUUUACCGACACACAAGGCCCGGGUGCAGGUUGUCUCAUUUAUCACAUUUACCGACACACAAGGCCCGUGUGCAAGUUGUCUCAUUUAUCACAUUUACCGACACACAAGGCCCGGGUGCAGGUUGUCUCAUUUGUCACAUUUACCGACAUACAAGGCCCGGGUGCAGGUUGUCUCAUUUAUCACAUUUACCGACACACAAGGCCCGGGUGCAGGUUGUCUCAUUUGUCACAUUUACCGACAUACAAGGCCCGGGUGCAGGUUAUCUCAUUUAUCACAUUUACCGACAUACAAGGGCCGGGUGCAGGUUAUCUCAUUAAUCACAUUUACCGACAUACAAGGGGUGGCAAACUUUCAUAUUUCAAGCAUUUCUCAAAUUCAAAACAUACGUCAUCAUUAACUUUUAUAAAAAUAAAAAUAAUCUUGGGUUGGAAAAUAUCGGUAAAUGUGAUAAAUAAAAUCUGCACCCCUCGUAUGUCGGUAAAUGUGAUAAGUGAGAUAACCUGCAGCCCUUGUUUGACAAGCAGUCGUGCCUACCACCCUUGUGUAAACAAAGCGGACGGACUAAAACAAGGGUACGAGACUCGACGCCACACCGGGAGGCGGGACAUAAUAACUCCGGUGGACAGGAGACUGGGAAAAAACCCGUGACUCCUGCAGUAUGGAGAUCCGUGUGUGUGUGUGUGUGUGUGUGUGUGUGUGAUGAAUAAUCGCGCAACGAGUAUCUAUUAUAUUGAUGCGUACUACAUAGGGUUACUGUGACUUCAUUGUUAUAGUCCGACGGAGUGAACAGAUUGGUAGUUGGUACGCUAUUCACGAGUCAUGGCCGGACAAAAAGAUUAUUAUUACUUGCUUUUAAUCGCCUUAAUUUUGACGAACACUUUUUCACAGUAAAGGACCUCGUGGCGGACUGAAAGUCGAAUAAAACAUGAAUAAAGAAAAAUUGCCGCGACAUGCAGUGUCUACGAAGCAAGUGAAUCUAACUAUAAUCUUUAGUAAGGUAAAGAUGUGUAAAAAAAAUCUCUCUCUCUCUCUCUCUCUCUCUCUCUCUCUCUCUCUCUCUCUCUCUCUCUCUCUCUCUCUCUCUCUCUCUCUCGUCUGUGUGUGUGUGUGUGUGUGUGUGUGUGUGUGUGUGUGUGUUUCCUCGCAACUGCAUGUAUGGGUUACGUAUGGUGUCUUUUGAUUCCUGCGAGUCUCAUAAAAAUUAGGAUGUUUAAAAACUAGAAACAAGCCAAUAUCUGCUGUGUGUGAUUGUGUGUGUGUGUGUGUGUGUGUGUGUGUGUGUGUGCGCAAUACAGUACGUGAAAAUUCUCGAAAAUAGAUUUCAUAUCGGCUUCAACUUAAGGCAAAACAAUGGGCAAGAAAGACGACUCUUUAUGAUGGCAAACUUUGUCAAGGGUUUUUGUUUUUUGUCAGUCCGCGGCGGCGAGGCCGGGCGGGAGGGGCGCCGCUCCAGGAUUGUUGCUGCAGCUAUUGAUCCACCUCGGUAUGGCUUCUUGGACUCACUUCUCAUGCAAAGAAAGACACAGCUUCCUCAAAUGUAACACUACUUGUUAUUUUCAGUAACCGCCCAUUAUCGAGGAGAACAUGUGUUACAAGUCGCAAAAUUUCGGACCAAGGAACAGCACAGGAGAAGGAGGGUGAGAUGCGGCGGAGUUUAGUAAGGGUUUGGUGUGACGGGCUGAAGUAGUCGAGGGUAGCU